AUGCCUGGCGUUCCGAGAAGCAGAGGCUGUAACUCUUGUCUGAAGCAGAAGAAGAAAUGUGACCAAGCCAAGCCAGCUUGCUCAAGAUGUGCUCGGCUUGGAAUUCCAUGCAUCGGCUCUGGCGAACAGAAAUAUGUCUUCAAACCGGUAUCAUUCACCAAGCCAUUCAAAACCAGCUUUCCAAAAGCACGGAAACACGAGAAGUCCUCUCAGGUAUCCAUUAUGCAUAAGCCUCAAAACUCAUCGACUCUCCUACAAGCCAAGUUUGUUGCGGCUCUGGAAAUAACAGACUUUCGAUAUGGCCUCAAUUGUUAUGGGGACUUUCUAGAGCAUAUUCCCAAAAUACUUGGUCACAGUCAUGCUCUCGAUGCUUCAGUUGAUUUGAUGAUGAGUGCCUUGUCGUACCAUUAUACACAUGAGGUUCCAUCACAGGUCCUAGCCAAGUAUGGCAGCGGUUUGAAAGUAUUAAGAGGUCUCAAAGAUAAGAAAGGUACACAACUAAAUUUCGAAAACGUUGCAGCUUUUCAAAUCGUGACGAUUUGUCAGAGCUGGUUGGGGAAAACAGAUGAUGACUUGAAGAGCCAUAGGCAGAUCCUUGCAUGGUUCAUGGACACAGUAACAGAAAAAGGCUGGAGCAGCCCCUUUGAGCUUCAGUUACAAGAGACCUCAUUGGUAGCUCUGUUUUUCGAGGCUCUGGUUGAUCCACGAAUCGACUUGGAGCAAUAUGGCAAUCGUCUAAGCCUGCAGCCGCGACAAAACACGCUGUUGCACGAACCUCUCCACUACGUGGAGGAAAUCAAAACCACGUAUAGAAAGUUGCAGGACGAUCAUACAACAAUACAGCACCGCGUCGAGAGUGUGAAACAGCAGAAGCUUCCUUCUGAAAGAUUACAAGGUCAACAAAAGCUUAUCCACAGGCUUCAUGUCGCGGAAGCAAUCCUUUUCACGGCAGCACUAGCUUUGAACAGAAUACUUCGAGCAACGUACCUAGAUGAUAGCGUCUUACUCUUGGAAGCAUCAACAUUGGCGAACGAACUUAUCACCGUUGCCAAAGCGGUAUCCCAUUACAGACCUCUUGGUGCCAGCUAUAUCCCGCCAUGCCUAGUAGCUGCAUGGGCGAUGACAAGUGUUUGGAAUCCCAGAAAAGUGACAUUGAGGCACUGUUCAUGGAAUAUCAGCACGAUUAUACUCGCAUAA